UCUCAGAAGAAUUUGAAGCCCACCUACUGAAGUUUUUGCAGAGUGACUUUCUUCUGAUGGCCUCAAACAGAAACUCCUCCAUCGGCGGCGCCACCACCAGCGACUGUGAAGAAGUGAAAAUCCCGGAGGAAAUAUUUUUCACAAUCACCGUGAUAAGCUUAAGUGAAAAUCUGCUGAUUGUUCUUGCUGUGAUUAAGAACAAAAACCUGCACUCCCCCAUGAACUGCUUCAUUUGUAGCUUAGCAUUUUCAAAUCUACUUUCGACUCUGGCGAAAACCUGUGAGAACAUCAUGAUCAGCCACUUGGAUCCCAAGGGGGAAACUGAGAAGAAGGUGGACGAUAUUAUCGACGCCCUGCUUUGUAUGUCCUUCCUGGGUUCAAUUUCAAAUUUACUGGCUAUUGCUGUAGAUCGAUAUAUUACGAUUUUCCACGCCCUAAGGUACCACCACUUAAUGACCAUGAAGAGAGCGUCCGUGAUUUUAGCCGGAAUAUGGCUCUUCUGUGCAGUCAACGGGAUGGUGCUGGUGUUUUUUUCCUACGUGACUUUUAUUUUGAUUUUCUUCAUACUUCUAUAUGUGGUUUCUUUGCUACUCAUUUUGGUUCUGUACGUUCGAAUGUUUCUGUUGGCACAAGCUCAUGCCAGGACAAUUGCUUCUCUUCCAGGCCAAAGGGUUUACCAAACGACGAACGCAAAAGGAACCAUAACGCUCACCAUCCUUUUGGGCGUCUUCAUCGUCUGCUGGUCUCCAUUUUUCUUCCACCUAAUCAUUAUGCUGGUGUGCCCAUUCAACCCGUACUGUGAGUGCUACAGGUCACUCUUUCAAGUGAAUCUCCUGUUCAUGAUGUUAAAUGCUGUAAUUGACCCUCUCAUAUAUGCCUUUCGAAGCGCUGAACUGAGGAACACCUUCAGAAAUAUGUUCUGCCUGUCAAGAACGCGCUUGUGUUCAUGAGUCGAAUCUUACUAUCACUCCACCUGAAAGCUAAUUUUUCUUUGCAGAAAUGGGCAGUACGUGCUAACGUCAAUGCUAAAAAUCCUUGGGAGAUUUUUGUCACGUGAAAUUUCCCCCAUAGAAACAACUGAGACUGAUAUGGAAGUCGCAACCAUAGUCUGGGAAUCCGACAUACAUUUAUUUGCUUAGCAGAUGCAUUUAUCCAAAGCAACUUAGACAAAAGAGGUCAGAGUAAUCAGGUAAACAUCAGUGUUAUGGGACAAAGUGACAACAUUGGUCAUCACAAGUGAAGACCUUGUUACGACUCCUGCAUUACACAACCUUAGACAGAAAUUCACCAAACAAGCGUCUUCAAACACUUCUUUAACAC